UCUUUUUUUUUUUUUCUUUUCAAUUUUGUGAUAAACAACCGAGCCGACAGAAGAUGACCGAUUUCAACCCGAAGAGCUUCUCGCUGCGCGCGCAAAAGAAGCUCAUUGGCAAGAUGGCCUCGGGCAAGGUCGUCAAGAACUUUAUUGACGACGAGGUUGCCGACUUGCUCGACCAGGUCUACGAACUCGCCGCGCUCGAGGCCGACAAGAAGGAGGCGCAAAAGCUCUCCAAGGACUUGAUCAAGACGGUCGUCAAGCUGGGCAUUCUGGCCAAGAACAACCAGUUUUCGGCCGAGGACAUUGAAACGCUCAACCAGCUGCGAAAAAAGACAACCAACACCUUCCUCAGCCUGCUGAGCAUGUACGAGGUCGACUUUACCUUUGACAAGGUCAUCCUCUCGGCCAACAUGGCAGAGAUGCAGCGACUACUGUUGGUACUGCUCGCCAAGCAUUUGACCGAAAAGUCGUGCAACCGCGCUCGCCACGUUUUUGCCUUCUAUGGCAGCCCCGAGUUCCUCGAGAACAUUUUUGACAAGAAGGGCAAGAGCCGCGAGACGCUUGGCAAGGUUUGCGUCGGGCUGAAUUCGCUGAUUGACCAAAAGAAGCUUUGAACGGAACCGACCUGGUCGCAGUUUGUUUUUUGAAGAAUACUCGAUUGGGUGUUUCUUUUAAUGUCUGUGCUGUGAUUUGUGUUUCUGUGCUUCCGACUGUCUUGGCAUGAGCUGCAAAGCUCGGGAGGUGUUCGAGGACGUUUUCGAAAGUCGCCCUGUUUGACUGUUGAUGCCAUCCUCCGAUGCUCAAGUUUCCUGCGUCACACCUUGCCCUUCCUUGUCCUUCUCUUGCUCCUCGUGGUUGGUUGUUUCUGUUGUUUCAUGAUCGCGCGUUCGUUUUUUUCUGUUGUUGUUGUUGUAGUUGUUGUUGUUGUUGUUGUU